AUGGCAAAAGAAACUGGGAAUCAAAGUACAAAGGAUCAAACAGACAAAAAGAAAAAAACAAAACAAAACUCAAAAGACUCAAACGUUGAACAACCAGUAGAAAAACCACGAGAAACAAAACCACGAGAGAAAAAGCGUUCAUUUUCAUGUUCAAUGCUGAUAUAUUCGCUUGUAUUCAUAUCAGGCGUUGUUGUGGCUACAGUAUUACCAGAAUUAGUUGGUUACCAUUUCAAACAGAGUUAUGGACAAAAAUAUGGUGUACUUGUUGAAGAGACGUAUAGGAAAUCAGUUGAUCAUCUUGCUGAGUAUUUAUCGGUCGUUGGUCCCUAUGUUCGUAAAACAGGUGAUCAUGUUGCUGAGUAUUUAUCGGUCGUUGGCCCCUAUGUUCGUAAAACAGGUGAUCAUCUUGCUGAGUAUUUAUCAGUCGUUGGUCCCUAUAUUCGAGAAACAUUUGAUAAAUACUUGCCAACAGAAACAGAUGAUGCCGAUCAUGAUAAACCAGCAUCAACAACCCCGCGUUCGCAAACAACAACCAGUAAAACGGUCAAAGGAGGAAAGACCGAUUCUACAACAAAAACAGCCACAGCUACGAAAUCAGCAACUACUCAGGCACCCACAACUCAAAGAUCCACCACUACUCGAGCACCCACAACUACUCAAACACCCGCCACUACUCAAGCACCCACAACUCAAAGAUCCACCACUACUCGAGCACCCACAACUACUCAAGCACCCACCACUACUCAAGCACCCACAACUCAAAGAUCCACUACUACUCAGGCGCCCACAACUACUCAAGCACCCACAACUCAAAGAUCCACCACUACUCAGGCGCCCGCAACCACUCAAGCACCUGUAACUCAAAGAUCUACGACUACCCAAGCACCCACAACUACUCAAGCACCCACAACUACUCAGGCGCCCAUUACUCAGAGAACUGCAACAACCGUCACUCAGAAACCCUCAACCAUCUCACCAACUACUAUUCCAACGACCGAGCAAACAACAGAAAGAGUCACGGAAAAGCCUGUAACAACACAAAGUAGUGCUACACAGACUACUCAAAGGGCAACAACUUCAACUGCAGCUACAACUGAAGCAACAAAAACCACAGCUGCUGAUCAGAAAUCCGUAACAGCAACGCCUAGUACACAGGCAACAACACAAGUAACACCAAGAGUGACCGCAACGCAAACAACAACAGUUACUCAAAAACCAACAAUAAGCACAUCUCAGACAACAACAACUUCAACUCCACGAGUGGCUGAAACAACUACAAAGUCGUCUAGUGUUACUCCACCAAUUAGUGCUACCCCGACGACUGUGCAAACGACUCCAAAGACAACGUUGGAAUCAACUACCAUUGUUUCUCAAACGCCUCCGUCCGUCACACCGACUCCUCCCACUACUACUGAGCAAAUGAGGACAACAGUAAGACAAAAUCCUUCGUCAACCAUUGAAUCACCAUCUAUUAAACACGAUACAGUUAAAGAACAAACAAUCACAAGCACGAAUCAAGCAGUACCAAAAGCAAAGGAAUUGUGA